CGAGGCGGCGCGACGUGCUGCCGCGCGCUAUCACGGCCAUCACGCCGACACACGCUCGAUGUGAUCUGUGGCAGCUUAGUCAAAUAUUGAACACUUCCCUAGUCACGAGGAUCCGUUCUUCCUAGAAACCACAAGCUUCGAGCGACUGUGAUAACGUUAAGGCGACGCGGGCGGAGGGCAUCGUGCAGCGCCACCAUGUCGUCCUGACUGAGUGACACUCGAGCUUACCAUGGCUCCCGGUACCGAGCACUGCGAGACGGAGCGCCUGAAUGAGGAGCAAGCUGUACCUGUGCACCAUGGCAGGAGGAUCUUGCCGGAUGGCCAGCCGCCGGCCACUGCUUGGGUCGAGACCGAGGACGAACGGCCGGGAGACAACACCAGCAGCCCCGGGGAGAACAAGCGCCUGCUCCCCUCCUCCGGGCCGCCAGCUAAACACAAGUCCAGGCUGCAGGCCGGCCUCACGCUGGGAGUGCAUCCUCCGGUCAAGUACAAGUAUCCUCCAGCGACCAAGUCUCAAAAAACUAUUUUGAAGACUAAGUCUGAUAAGAAGAAAUUCGAAAGGAAGGCAAAUCUCAUAGCUUUAUUGAAGCCGCCGUACUUCAUCGUGUCCAUGAUAAUUGUAAAUGUGUUGAUCCACGAGUCUAUCAAGGACGCGGACGUGCGCGCCUUGCUGCAGUGGAACCCGGACUCGUGGUGGCGCGAGCCCUGGCGGCUCGUCACCUACGGCUGCGUGCACGCCAGCCACCUGCACCUCGCGCUCAACUCACUCGUCGCGCUAGCCGUGGGCUGGCCGCUGGAGCGCGAGCAGGGCUGGUGGCGCGUGGUGGUGCUGUGGGUGGGCGGGCUGGCUGCCGGCGCGCUCGGUGCUGGUCUGCUGCAGUACAGGGUGCGCGUCGUCGGCGCCUCUGCGGCUGUGUAUGCGCUGCUUACUGCGCAUAUUUCGAACGUGUGCCUUAGACACGGGCACAUAUCGUUGUGGUGGUUCCGUCCGCUGAGCGUACUAGUGCUGGGUGCCUCGGAAGUAUGCUGGGCGCUGAUGCGCACGCCGCUGCCCGCGCGCGCCCCCCACGCCGGGGAGCACGUGCACAGCCCCUACGAGUACGUGGCCUGGGCCGCGCACAUCCUCGGUGCAGUCGUGGGGGUGCCGCUUGCUUUCGUUGUGUUCACUGGUGAGAACAACAGAAAGCCAUACGUGAUAGCAUGUCGUGUGGUGUCCGCCCUGGCGCUGGUGGCGGGGGUGGUGGUGGCCACCGUCUGCUACGCGCAGGCCGCCGCCGCCGAGCCCAGCGAGGAGGACAUGACGUGAGCCGGGCCCGCGGAACCUUGGAGUUUCGAUGACAAGUGCAAUUCGUACUCAUCCGUCCGCUAUUCGUAGCUUAGAAUAGCUUUUGAUGGGAAUUUUACAAGUUUGUACCGUUUAUGGGCACCUACUUACAUGUUUAGACUAAGGAGUCUGCAGUAGCGGGUCGCGAUGUCCUCGACCCCGCUUCUGUGGGGUGAUCGACCUUAGUCAUAUUCUAGUCGUAAGCGUUAUGUAGGUACUUAAAUGUUCAUUUGAAAUAGUUUUAAGGAAAAUGUUGUAAAUUGUAAAUUGUAACUCCGUGUCGCUCCCCCUGUGGGUAGCACACGUACAGACGUACAGAAAGACAGAAGUUUUGUUGCU